AUGGCUGAUUUCUGCAGGAGGCUCUGGGUGCUCCAGGCAAACCUCUGGCUGAUGGCCCUGGCUGCAGGUAGGCAUCCAACCACCGGGAACAGCACCAGUAACAGCACAGGCAAUGGGUGCCGAAAGCUGCACCAGCACCCACGCUACGUGGCGGCCAAGAGGAACACACCCAUCAACUUCAUCUGCUACACCCAAGAGCCCCAGAGCAUGCAGUGGUACAAGACAUCGGAGGACAGCGAUCAGAUCUAUGUGAUGGACCAGAGCACCUCCCGCUUCAGCGUCGAGAGAAAAGAAAACUUCAUCAACUUCACCAUCUUCAGGAUCAGAUACGAGGACAAUGGCAUCUACGUGUGCGACAGGAAGAACCUCACGUCGGAGAACAAGCGGCCACACAUGUGCGGGACGGAGCUCAGAGUCAUGGGUCACAGCAACAUCCAGCAGAUCCAGAGCAGGAACACCCUGAAAGACGCCAUCAUCAUCAUCCAGUCCGUCCUGCUGGUCGUCUUCAUCAGCGUCCCCAUGCUCCUCUUCCUAGACAAAGGUGAAGGCAAAGAGAGCCCUGAGGAGGACCACACCUAUGAGGGUCUGGAGGUGGAGCAGAUGGCCACCUACGAGGACAUCACUCCUUUCCGUGACGUGAAGGCCAAAUGGACGGUCGGGGAACACCCAGGGGAGGAGUGA